AUGAACAAUUACAAAAUACACAGAAAGCCGAGAAAAACAGACAAAGAAGAAGUUUCAAAGCCGCAACACGUUGAGAACGUCCAAGUCAACUUCAGUGGGUCUCAAGAAAUUGAGCAAUUGAGUGGGUUGAAAGUCGGCAAAGUACUUUUUGACAGUGGCAGAGACAACUGGGCCAAAAACACGUCAGUCUUUGGCGACAAAAUCCUUCACAAACAAAAUUUACUAUUUCUUGUCGAAGAUGACAACAGAAACAUCUUUGGAGGUGUUCUCUAUGAAAAAGUCGUGAAAGAAAAGGAGUUUGUUGGCAGUCAACGUUUUUUUGUGUUUUCGUUGGAGAGAAAUGGAAUUGUCAACCCACGAAAAUACGAGUUGAAAGGCUCAAACAACCAAUACGCGUUUUAUUUGUACUGCAAGAGUCACGAAUGUCUUUUUGGGUUUGGAGGUGGGCAUGCUAUUGGUGUCUUCAAGAAGGGAAGUCUCUCGCGGUCUUACUGCAACCCAUCACUCCAAUCAUCGUCUUAUACUGCUAAACUUGGCGACUUGACUGAUGGGAGGUAUUUUAAAGUGAAGACCAUCAAAGUGUAUCAACUCGACUAA